AUGGGUCUCCUACGUCUUCACAUCGAUGGAAAGGUCUUCCGAGAUCCCCAGAAUCGAGAGAUUGUGUUGAGGGGUAUAAAUGUCGCGGGGGAUGCCAAAUGUCCCAAAAAGCCCGACCUUCCCUCGUUUGUUUCGGAGAAGUUCUUCGACGCAGACGAUGUUUCGUUUGUAGGACGCCCGUUCUCGUUGGAGGACUCACAUACCCACUUCAGAAGACUACGCAAGUGGGGCUAUAACGCGAUCCGAUAUAUCUUCACAUGGGAGGCAAUCGAGCAUGCCGGUCCCGGUGUCUACGACGAGGAGUGGAUCACAUUUACCAUCGAAGUUCUAAGAAUAGCGAAGCAAUAUGAGUUUUAUGUCUUCAUGGACCCUCAUCAGGACGUGUGGUCUCGACUUUCUGGAGGAUCUGGCGCACCGAUGUGGACACUCUAUGCAGCAGGGCUGGACCCCAGGGGGUUCAAGAAUACGGAAGCUGCGCUAGUUCAAAAUACCUAUGAUAACCCCGCUGAGUUUCCAAAAAUGAUAUGGAGCACGAACUAUACCCGCCUUGUGUGCCAGACCAUGUUCACCCUGUUUUGGGCGGGUCGAGACUUCGCACCUAAAGCUAUCAUCGAUGGCAUGAAUAUUCAGGACUACCUACAAACUCACUUUAUUGCAGCAUGCAAGCACUUGGCGCAGCGAAUCCACGACGCUGGUGAUAUUGAACAUGAGGUAGUGAUUGGUUGGGAGAGUAUGAAUGAGCCCCAUCGUGGUCUCGUUGGAGUGCAGGACAUCUCUAUCGUUCCCCCAGAGCAGCAACUUCAGCUUGGGACGUCACCCACGGCGUUUCAAGCGAUGCUAACUGGCGCCGGGCGAGCUUGCGAGGAGACUACCUGGGCCUUCGGCAGCUUUGGGCCCUACCAGACUGGGAGACAACUUGUGGACCCAGAGGGAGAGUCGGCCUGGCUCUCUGUCGACUAUGAUGAUAGCAAAUACGGCUGGCAACGAGACUCCGGCUGGAAGCUCGGGGAGUGUAUUUGGGCCCAACAUGGAGUCUGGGACCAGGACACGGAUACUCUUCUGCAGAAAGACUAUUUCUCAAAGGUGCCUAGCACUGGAGAACCACUGAACUACGAGGUCUUCACCAACACUUACUUUUUGGAACACUACCGAAAAUACAGAGAUGCGAUUCGGGUCAUCUGGCCUGCGGCCAUACUGUUGUGCCAGCCACCUGUGAUGGAAGUGCCUCCUGACUUGAAGGGAACUGACGACGAUGACCCGAAUAUGGUUCAUGCUGUUCAUUACUAUGACGGUCUCACCCUUUUGACUAAACAUUGGAACCGCCUCUACAAUGUGGAUGUUAUCGGAGUCCUUCGAGGCAAGUACUGGGCUCCGGCGUUCGCUGUGAAGGUCGGGGAAUCGGCCAUCCGCAAUUGCCUCCGUGAUCAACUUAAAUUCCUCCGGGACGAGAGCUUGAAGUACAUGGGAAAUCACCCACUGCUCUUUACAGAGAUUGGCAUUCCUUAUGAUAUGGACAACAAGAACGCCUACGAGACUGGAGACUAUAGUAGUCAAACCAGCGCGAUGGAUGCCAAUCACUUUGCACUGGAAGGCAGCACCUCGAAUGGAUUUACCCUGUGGCUGUACCAGACAGAGAACAAUCAUGAAUGGGGCGAUCUUUGGAAUGGGGAGGAUCUGUCGAUCUACUCCCAGGAUGACUUGGAACUUCCGACCAAACCAACGUACACAUCACUCAAUCCACAGUCUCCAGCGUACUCUGAAAGCCAUAGCAGUGGAGACGAGCCGGAAGUCGAUCCCCGGAACCUCAAGCGCGCCCUCACGAAUCCAUCAAUUUCCAGUGUCAGCUCUCAAACUCCCAAGGGCCACCGAGCUGCCGAGGCUUUUCUCCGCCCAAGUCCAGUCUAUGUCAACGGGGCCUUGGACAGUUAUGUCUUUGACCUUCGAAACUGUACGUUCACCAUGACUUUGACGGCGAAAGUCGCUACACCGUGCGAGGCUCCAACAGAAAUCUACCUGCCCGAGUUCCACUUCCCGGAGAACGGGACUGUUAUCGCAGUCAGCGGGGGCAAGUGGGAAAUUGACUACCAGGAUAUCAAGACGAUCAAGAUCCAGCGAUUACGGUGGUGGCACGCCGAAGGAGAGCAGAGUAUCAAGAUCGAGGGAGUCAAGCGCAAAGCAGGAGAGUUUGCCAGCCCAUCUGAAGACGACGUGACAUACCUGGAACAGUGCCAGAGGGGUGAUUGCAAUGUCAUGUGA